AUGACCGGGGUGUUUGACCGGAGGGGUCCCAGCAUCCGCUCCAGUGAGUUCCCCGCUCCUUUUCAGACGGCCGCAGCCAUGCAUCACCCAUCUCAGGAGUCGCCCACUUUGCCAGAAUCCUCGGCCACAGAUGCCGACUAUUACAGCCCGGCGGGGGGUGCCCCGCACGGCUACUGCUCGCCCCCGGCAGCUUCCUACGGCAAGGCACCGCAUCCUUACCAGUAUCCCUACCACGGCGUGAGCGGGGCCGCAGCCGGGCCGCCGCCCGGCACCUACCCCGCCAAAGCGUACGCGGACUACGGCUACGCCAGUUCCUACCAUCCCCAGUACAGUGGGGCUUAUGGUCGGGCACAGAGCUCUUCGGGCCAGCCAGACAAAGACUCUGCAGAGCCCGAGGUGAGGAUGGUGAAUGGCAAACCCAAGAAGGUUCGCAAACCCCGGACGAUUUACUCCAGUUUUCAGCUGGCUGCCCUGCAGAGGCGGUUUCAGAAGACCCAAUACCUCGCCCUGCCCGAACGCGCCGAACUGGCGGCGUCUUUGGGCCUCACGCAGACACAGGUUAAAAUCUGGUUUCAGAACAAAAGGUCCAAGAUUAAGAAGAUCAUGAAGAACGGGGAGAUGCCGCCGGAGCACAGCCCAAGCUCCAGUGACCCCAUGGCGUGUAACUCUCCCCAGUCUCCAGCUGUGUGGGAGCCUCCGGGCAGCGGGGCAGCAGCUCGCUCGCUUGGCCACCACCCUCACGGCCACCCUGCAGCUUCCAAUCCGUCCCCCGCCUCAAGCUACCUGGAGAACUCGGCGUCCUGGUACCCCGGGGCCGGUUCCCUCAAUUCCCACCUCCAGCCGCACGGCUCCCUACAGCAUCCGCUGGCGCUCACCUCCGGGACGCUUUACUAG